AAAAAGUCUAGAACUGCCCUCAUCCGCUACGUGUCGUUUUUCAAUUGGUUAGAAGACACCAUAUGGGCUGCUGUCUCUUGUACUCUUUCUUCUUCGUCAGCUUCUUCUAUCUUUUUCACUUUUAAUAUACGACCAAAGCACGGAAAAAAAAUUCUUCUUUCUCUUCGCUUCUCUGUUUUCUCUCUACUUUUAUCUCUCUCUCUGUCUCUGUGGAUAGAAAUAGCAAACGUCACGUCCUCGAUUUGGUCUCUGUAUUAAUCCGAUUAAUCUCCGGAGGUGUUCUUCGUGGUAGUCUGUUUCUAUGCCAUUUUGCCGAGAAAAUGGGAGAAGUUAAGGGAUGUUGGAAAAUAGGACGAAUGCUUCCAAAGGAUAAGUCUGCAAACUCCUACAACGUCUCUCUUCUGUUAUCUCCUGUUGUUUCUGUUUGGGAUUGUAUCGUCCGUAAAAUGAGGUAUACCUACAUACCUGAGUGGGUGUAGUAUUCUUUGAGAUCGUUGCAUCCCCUAGUUCUAGUGAGGUUAGUUAAGUUCUUCAGUUGGUAGAAUUAGCAAAGUAAGCAAGGAAAAGAAGAAGCCAGUUGAUAACAUUUAGUAAAUGUAUACUUUUUAGUUUAUUUUUUUUUCACUUUGGAGAGAAUCCAUAAAGCCAGGCAAACAAAGACUUGUAGCAAUCAUGGAUAACAGUAGCUCGAUGCGCAAACAAGCUCAGCCGACUGUUAGAAAAGCAAAGAAGAAGCAAGUUAAAGAUGAAGUGGACAGAAUCAAACAAGCUGAGAAGAAAAAGAGACGCCUUGAGAAAGCCAUUGCUACUUCUGCUGCAAUCCGGGCUGAGCUAGAGAAGAAGAAACAAAUGAAGAAGGAAGGACUGCUAGAGGCAGCAGCAGGUGAAGAAGAUUCAGCAGAGGCUGCAAAGAAGAAGCAGGAGAGAGACGAACUAGAGC